AACGUGCUUCUAGAGACUAAAAACAACAGACUCUGCAGUACAAUUGCACGCUUAAACCCCUUAAAAAAGAAACAGAGGACUCUUAACUUGCAGCAGGAUAAGAAGUACAAGUCUAACGCCACGCUCUACAGUCCUUGUAAAGUACGCAAAGCCUAACAAGAAGCUUAUAAUAAUAAAUAACAAUAACUUAAAGAAACAA